AUGUCUAAUAGAUCUAAACAAGCAGUGGUGACUAAACACCCAAGUGAGAAAGCGUCUUAUCGAAGAAAGACUUCGUUGGAUCAGAUCAUCAUGACAAUGCAGAAUAUCGCCAAGGUUGGAGCUGGUCUCCAAAACUUUGCCAACAACUGCUUUGUCAACUCCGUCUUGCAGUGUCUCACCCACACUGCCCUACUUGCGGAUUACCUGCUCACCGGAGAGCAUUCCCAGAACUGUCACACAGAAGGAUUUUGCAUGAUGUGUGUGCUGGAGAUACACACAAGCGUUGCUUUUGCCGAGUCGGGCCAUGUCAUCAGCCCCGAAUUAGUGACAGACAACCUAACAUUUAUUGCAGAGCAUUUUGAGCUUGGACGCCAAGAAGACGCCAAUGAAUUUCUGACGUUUCUAAUCGCCCAGCUGCGGACUUCAUCCAUCUACGAGUCUGUAUUUCGCUCAAGCUUUGACCAAACCAAGGACAGAAACAUCGGUCUUAUUGACCACAUAUUUUCCGGCACUCUACAAACACAAGUGGUUUGUCAGAGUUGUCAUUACGCACCCAACAGAUUUGAGGAAUUCCUGGACAUCCCUCUGGAGAUAAAUUCCUCAAAAACGAUUUUGGAAUCUCUGAAGAACUUCACCAGAACAGAGAGACUGGAAGGAGACAACGCAUACCGAUGCAAUGGGUGUUACCAGUUAGUGUCGGCUGAAAUGAGGAGUACGAUCGACAACACUCCGAACGUCCUGAUCCUGACUCUGAAGAGGUUCAACGCGUUCAGUGGACGAAAGCUGAGCAAGCAUAUCAAAUACCCCGAGACCUUUGACAUCGCUCCUUACACCUCGAGGCCUGAUGACCAUAUCAACUACAAUCUGUAUGCUGUGAUUGUGCACAGAGGAUACUUUUCCACAGAAGGACAUUAUUAUGCCUACGUAAAGGCUGGUGACGAUCGGUGGUAUAAGAUGAACGACAGUGAGGUAACCCCAUGCAGCAUCAGCAAUGUCCUACAACAACAGGCCUAUCUGCUUUUCUACAAAAAAGCACCAACUGAGCCUUACCCACCAAAAACAGCCGAAAGCACCUCCGAAGCACCUAAAGCUUUGGAAGUGGAAGAAAAAGCAAAGGAACAACCUUUCAAGGACAAUGAGAGAGCCAUUGUGCCAAUACAAUCUCUCAUCAGGGGCACAACGGAUGCAUCUGUUUGUGCCACUCAACAGGUUGAUGGUCUACCGGACCCCCUGGGACCUGAUAAUCAUCUACCUGUGGAAACAGAAGAGAAGAGUCUCCCAAACAUAGAGACUGUACAGGAGGAGGAGAAGAAAGUCAAGAAGAACCGUCUAUAUAAAUUGUUCUGCAUAACGUCCUCCACAAAUGAUCAGAGGGAUGAGAAGAAGAAAAAUAAGAAAAAGUGCUGGCUUCUUAGAUUGCUGAGCCCAAAGUCAUCCACCAAUGAUAACAGCAAAGAGAACAAGGAAGAGAAGAAGGGCUGGCUUCGUAAACUAGCCAGACGAAAUUAUUCAACAAAUGACAAGGAGGAGAAAAAGAAGAGCUAG